AUGGCUUCCAACCCCAACGACGUGAAAGAGUUCUUAGCCAAAGCCAAAGAAGAUUUUCUUAAAAAAUGGGAAAAUCCUGCUCAGAAUACAGCCCAUUUGGAUCAGUUUGAACGAAUCAAGACCCUCGGCACAGGCUCCUUCGGGCGGGUGAUGCUAGUAAAACACAAGGAGACCGGGAGCCACUUCGCCAUGAAGAUCCUGGACAAACAGAAGGUGGUAAAGCUGAAACAGAUCGAGCACACCCUGAACGAGAAGCGCAUCCUGCAGGCAGUCAACUUUCCGUUCCUCGUUAGACUCGAGUUCUCCUUCAAGGACAACUCAAAUUUAUACAUGAUCAUGGAGUAUGUGCCUGGCGGGGAAAUGUUCUCACACCUGCGGCGGAUCGGAAGGUUCAGCGAGCCCCAUGCCCGCUUCUACGCCGCCCAGAUCGUCCUGACCUUCGAGUACCUGCACUCCCUUGAUCUCAUCUACCGGGACCUGAAGCCGGAGAACCUUCUCAUCGACCAGCAGGGCUACAUUCAGGUUACAGACUUUGGUUUUGCCAAGCGUGUGAAAGGCCGCACCUGGACCUUGUGUGGGACCCCUGAGUACCUGGCCCCUGAGAUCAUACUGAGCAAAGGCUACAACAAGGCUGUGGACUGGUGGGCACUGGGGGUUCUCAUCUAUGAGAUGGCCGCCGGCUACCCACCCUUCUUCGCUGACCAGCCCAUCCAGAUCUAUGAGAAGAUUGUCUCUGGGAAGGUGCGGUUCCCGUCUCACUUCAGCUCUGACCUGAAGGAUCUGCUGCGGAACCUACUGCAGGUGGACCUCACCAAGCGCUUUGGGAACCUCAAGAAUGGGGUCAAUGACAUCAAGAACCACAAGUGGUUUGCCACAACUGACUGGAUCGCCAUCUACCAGAGGAAGGUGGAAGCUCCCUUCAUACCAAAGUUUAAAGGCCCUGGGGACACGAGUAACUUUGACGACUAUGAGGAGGAAGAGAUUCGAGUCUCCAUCAAUGAGAAGUGUGGCAAGGAGUUUUCUGAGUUUUAGGGGUGUGCCUGUGCCCCCAAGGGUUUUUUCUUUUUUUGUGUGGGGGGGGUGGGUGGGAGGGUUGGAUUGAACAGCCAGAGGGCCCCAGAGUUCCUUGCAUCUAAUUUCACACCCACCCCACCCUCCAGGGUAGGGGGAGCAGUAAGACCAGAUAUUCAGAGGGACAGAAACACCAGCUGCUCCCCCUCACCCCUUUCGCCCUCCUGCCUCCCUACUGCUUUUGCCUUCCCCUAUCCUUAUGGCCCCCCACCCCAGCCCACUUCUGCCUAUUUUAAAUAAGUUCUCAGUUCUAGUCAGGCCAGGUCUUGCUAGUGUAUCCAGGGACAGGGUGUGGAAAGAGGGGCCGGAACUUAACUCCAGCCCCCACUUCCACCUCCCUCACCAAACCACAGGCACCACCUGCUAAGGGAGAAUGAAAGAAUGGCCAACCUUCCCUUCAGAGCAAUCCUACCCGGGAAGGAGAGAUUUUAGUGACAUACCAGUGGGUUGCUUGCUAGAGUUUUUUAAAAAGCAAUUUACAAUCUUAUUUACAAACUUAUUUAAGUUCCACCAGUGCCUCCCUCCCACCUUCCUAAAGCCCCCUCCCAUGCCCCCUCCUCAAAUCCAUUUUAACAAGGCUGGGAAGCAGACUGACUUAUAAAGGAAGGAACUGGGGUUCCAACCUCCCCUCCAAGCUGCUAAUCUCCCCUGUCCCCCACUCCUGGGGUCCCCUGCCAAGCCUGGAAGGGUCUUAGCCCCUGAAGCCUAUUCCCUUCUGCCCCAACAGACCUUUUGUCACCCUUGGGCUUUGGGACCCAGACAAAGCAGCUGCCCCCCUCCCUGCCAAAGAGGAGUUGUCCCCCAAAAUGAUAGAGUGGGAGCCCCAAGCCCAGGGUCUUUCCUCCCAGCAGCACUCCCCCCAAAACUCCUUAAUUUUAUUCUCAGCUAGAUUUUAAUGCCCAGCCUCCUCUCAGCUCAGUUGGGAAGGCAUCCCCCGCAAAAGGAGGCAAAGCCCCCCUCCCCCUCCUGGCCCCGGUUCAAGGCCAGGGUCGCUGGGGAAGGGCUGCCAGUUUUAUUCACUGAACUAUCUCCGCCCCCCAUCCUGGGCGCUCCUCCUAUUAGCUGUCAGCUGUCCAUCACCCCUCCCCUAAUUUGUGCUUCUUUUUCUCUGAAUAGAAGUGGGGAGCCCAAAUCUGUCCCUCUCAUAACUUCUCCCUAUCCCAGGAGGAGCUCUCAGGCCUGGGGUGGGGCCCCGGGUGGGCACGGGGGCGAUUCAACCUGUGUGCUGCGAAGGACGCGACUUCCUCUCGAACAGUGUGCUGUUGUAAACAUAUUUGAAAACUAUUACCAAUAAAGUUUUGUUUAAAAAAAAG